AUGGUCGAAGGUUGCAAAAUGAAAGCAAACACAAUGAUGUGCCCCUCUGAACUUUUAGCGCUAGCUUAUCCUAGAAUUAACCCCACAAAUGUUUGUUCAACUCCUCGGAGUACGCCAUCCACGUCUCCAUGGAAUUAUUCCUCUUUAACAAUUGUGCCUAGUCAGAUAUCUAGUCAAAAACAGACUCAGCAUACUUCGCCAGAGCUUAUAGUGAUUUCAGAUGAUGAGUCGGAGAAGCAUAGUAUUUCUGUUGAUUAUGUAGUAUUAUCAGAGAGUGAUUCGGAUCUAACUAGUGAUCUGGUUCAGGUCAUCGGUGAUAGGGCUGAUACGGAAGUCUAUGACAUAGAAACAACUGGAAUGGAAUCAUUUGACGAUGGUUAUGAUGGUCUAAGUGAAUGUGUCGUUAAUGAAAGUGCAAGUCUAGAAGGAGACACACGGACAAAAUUCGAUUCAGAGCUCAUCAAAGGGUUGACAACUGGUGGGUGUUUGACUGACGGGAACAAAACACAGGAAAUUAGUGUAGGAGAGAGCUUUGGCAAUAGGACAGAUAGCACAGAUAGAACAGAGGACUUGGAAAACACCACUGACAGUAAUACGUCAGAAUUCCUCCCUAUUUUUCAUAUGCUACAAUCAAUCCUCAGUCCUCAAAUUGCUCCUGACUCUACAAAUUUUGAAGAAUAUAUACAACAGUACCCAUACGAGCUGGCCGCCAAACAUCGUACUCGUCCAGUGUUCCCGUUUCGCAAGGAUCCGAGACUUGUUUUCAAGUCAAGCACUCGGACUAGCUUUGGACGACCAACCAAGAGAUAUCAAACUAGUGAAAAGCAGCACCUCGUUACUUUGAGACUUGUGGAGAACAAGGAGUAUGCCGAAAUUAUUGUUCUAAGCGGGCCCGAUAAGGAAUUCAAGCUCCCUGUUUUUUCGACCCUCAAGCCAUUGCGCAAAUUGGUUGAAAUUCCAGAAUACCAGUCAACGCAUAAACUAACAGAUAAUGAUAUUGAGGUCAUGGAAAACUCCGCAGUGACUAUCAAGCGAUACGACUGCAGAAUCACGCUUGCUCAGAUGGCCAUCGUGUUGGGGUUGCAAGACUAUAGGGUUUCUUUGAUGAAGUACAUUGAUGAAGCCAUAUUUCAGAUGCUCGACCAAUUGUGUGGAUUCCGAGUGGGGGUUCAGAAAUGGAGCCGAGGUACUCCACUGAAAGAGCGGAAAGAUAUGAUCAUCAAGGUGACAAGGUUUCUGAGGGUCUAUUUUCCCAUGCUUACGCCCGAAUUGGUGGAGCUUAUAAUCAAGCGCGGAUUUUAUUGUCGAAUGCAACAGCAUUUGAAGAGAAAGAGGCUUGGAAAAUCGUCAAAAUAUAAUCAGGGGAUAUGA